UGUUAUUUUUUUCGAGUUGUUUGUUUCGAGUGAAAAACGGCUAAUGAAAUUAACAAUAUUUUGACAUAAAACUGGUCAAGUAUGCCUGAGAAGAGAAACAAAUACAUAACUCAUUCUAUAGCUGAUCCACCAAUAUGUGAAGAGUGUCAAAAGAAAGAGCUCUCAUUUUUUGACCCAAGUUGCCCUGGAUGUUCUGAUAUACUAGCAGAUUCAGAGACGUCGAUAUCUGAGAUAUUUGCUAUCAUCAGGCAGUGGGUACCACAAGUCCAACAAAACCUGGAAACGUUUGUAAAUGAGAUAACAAGACGAGGUGCUGGUGUAAAUGACCGGGAUGGUUUGACAGAUAUGACACUUUUACAUUACGCCUGCAAGUCAGGAGCUGUUGGUGUUGGUGAUGUUGACAGCGCAACUACCCUGGUGACAGAGCUUAUAUCACAGGGUGCAGAUGUUUCGUUAAGGUGUCGUUGGACAGAUAUGUUGCCUGUGCAUUAUGCUGCAUUCUUCAAUUCUGCGUCUGUCAUCAGAGUUCUACUGAAAGCAAGCGGGAGUAAAGAUAUCGAUGCGACCUGCUCAGGAUUUGAUAACGGCACAAUACUUCACAUAGCAGCGAGCAAUUUGUGUCUCGAUGCAGCUAAAUGUUUGCUACAACACGGCGCGAAUGCAUUCGUUAAAGACGACAAAAACAGAACUCCGUUAAAUACUAUUCCAGAAGCGAGUACUUUUGAACGGGAUUCACCAUCAGCUGUUAUCGCUAACAAAUUAAGAAGAUUACUGUGCGAGGCAGAGACAAGUGGGAGUGAGUCCGGAAUGGAAUCAGCUACAGAUUCAUCUGUAAAUAUAUUGGAUAUUAUGGGUUUAAAGAUUGGAGAUAAAGUUGUCGUCGGGGACAGCAAGGUUGGAAUAUUGCGUUAUUGUGGCAGUACAGACUUUGCAGAGGGGCAGUGGGCUGGCGUAGAGUUACAAGAAAAUGUUGGAAAAAAUGAUGGAUCAGUCGGUGGCAAAACAUAUUUCAAUUGUAAACCCAAACACGGUAUAUUUUGUCCCGUAUCAAAAAUCUCAAAGCCGAAAAUACGAGCUCUUCAAAAAGCGCGACCGAGCUCCGCAAAACUUCACUCGAAUCGCGCGCGUGUUGUGCACGCGAAACAUACCACAGGUGGUUCGUUACCAGGCUCCCGGUCACCGUCACCUCAACCAAGGACGAAACGCGAGGACAAUAACAAUAUUAAGGUUGGAGACAGAUUGAUUUUGACGAAUGAUGAAAAGAGAAAAGGCAUCGCUAGAUUUGUUGGUGAAACACAGUUUGCUCCCGGACUUUGGGUCGGUGUAGAACUCGACACAGCGUGCGGUAAAAACGAUGGCUCGGUGAAUGGUGUGAGAUAUUUUGACUGUCAACCAAACCACGGCCUUUUUUCACAUCCUUCAAAAUUCCUAAUUGAGAAGCAGGAACAUACAACGUUGGCUGAAUCAAGAGCAAUAAGCGCCUCAGAUGACUCCUUAAACACGAGCAGACUGGAGGAUCCUCAUAGCUCAAACCCAGAUCUCAGCGACAAGAAAUAUUCUUUAAGUCCUUUGACUCGUCAGUUGUCCAGCUCUGUUCCUGAUCUUAGCAAGAAAACUGAUAAGAAGUCGGAUUUGCGUCGAAGCGGUAUUCCAAGAUUUAAGCGUCCAACUUUAAAGACAAAUAACAAGAACAACACAACAGAGAAAACUAUUGCGAAGAGAAGCGCCGAAGAAAACAAAACAGGCGGCAAUAAAACGUGAGACGACAGCUGGUGUAGCCGUGGAGCAUUUACAAUUGUUACUACCGCUUCAAAGAUUAAAAUCAGGACCGUUUGAUCAGUUCGAGCAGACCUGGCAUUUUUCGUGAUUAUUAUAUAUUUGCAAUAAAUUUAUAUGAAUUAGCACCGAUAUGAUAAUAUUGUAUAUAAUUAUGUGUUUCAAUAAUCACGCAAUCGUUAUCAUUCUAUCACAUGCAAUGUUAAUAAUUAU